AUGAAUAGUUUCCAUAAAGUUGUCAUUCAAGCCAUAAAGCAAAAGAAAGGUUGUGAAGAUUUAUCAGAACAGGAAACUGAGAACAAGUUUCUAAGCUUAUCAUUGGCUUUCAAAACUGAUAAGUUGACACUAAACCAGCGGCUACAAAUUCAGAAGAACUCACGGGAUUUAGCAGAAGAAAACAUCCAAAAGGAACUUAAUAGUCUGAAAGAGGUCUCAGAGUCAAUGGUGCAACAAACAAAUGAUCCUCAAGUGCGAGAAGCUGUAAAUAACAUUCAACAUUAUGUGGAAGUCUUACAACAAGCAGUUGCCCGCAUUUCAGGACGAGCUGAAGUCUUUGGUGCUGUUCAGCAGGAACAACGUAUGAGCCAAGCUAUGGAAGUCAUGUUAGCAUAUGUAGAAAAUCUCAAGAGGAUGCAAGAAAGAGAUCACUUGGAACUUGAAGAAGCCAAAAAAGCACUUACAGAAAAUAAAAUUUUAACUCUUGAAGAUGGUGGGGAUUCUUCAACGCUACCACGUCGAACCGCGUCACUUUUCAAUACACCAUCCAAAAAUGUCCACCGUUUCAAAGCAAUAACAGCAACAAGUAUUGCGAUGGCGUCUGCAGCCAAAAUGAUGGAGACAGCAAAGCGACGGGCCAGCGUUGCAGCGGUUUCUAAGAAUCCUGUUCCUGUGGGGUCCACCCCUGGAAAUCAAGCAUCCAUGGGUAUUUUGAGCAGACAAGAUGUGCAACAUCGAAGAUCAACAUUACCGGCUGGCAGACUUUUGCGAAGAGUCAGCUCAUUUGAAAAAUCUUCUACACUCUAUGAUGAGACCAUUGGUGACAGGGAAGGAAAUGUUGACAAACCAGUAACAGAAAGUAAAGAUGAAGAAAAUGAAGACUCAGUCUUCCAGAAAGGAUACAAAAGGGGACUCAGUACACAAGUAAAUUCAAUAAUUGAUAAUCUAGCUACCCAGCAAAGCUGCAUGGUACAACAAGUGCAACACAUGAUGGCAAAUAAUGAUAUUGAGGAUGCACCUGAAGAGAAAUUAACAGUGUUAUCAGAAGUGAUUGCAGAUUUUCAAAAUGAUGUUAUUUCAAUCUGGAAUGGACUAAAUCCUUUUACCCAAUAUGCCUCUAUUGGUUUUUUCUUCUUUCUGGCAAUGUUUGCCAUCAUCAUUCCCCUAUUGACUCUCAUUCGAUCACCACUCUUCGAGGCUCCACUCACUUCACUCUCUGCUACUGCCUUCCCUCUGAGACGCCAGCUCACUCCUGCAGCUUCCAGCACUCCUGCAGCUUCCAGCUCACUCCUGCAGCUUCCCGCAGUUUCCAGCUCACUCCUGCAGCUUCCAGCAAUCUCCGGCUCACUCCUGCAGCGCUUCACUGACGUCCAGCGACCAGUUCCAACCUCCAGAUACCAUUCCCGAACAAACGACCUCUGUCGUCUUUCCACCCACUGUUCACAAAUAAAGACACAAUUUCUAUCAUCUACAAGGGACCAUCUGCGUUUGUCAUCCUUCUUUGCUAUUGCCAUCUCCUUGCCUCUCGGCCCGCUGCAACAAGUGGUGACCCCGACAACACCAUCCCAGCUCCUCUGCCUGAUGAAAAGCUGCCUCGGGAACAACACCAUGGCAAAACCUAUUCUCCGAGGGCUAUGGAUGGAUCGGUUACCACCGAAUAUAGCGCAAGUCCUAGCCCUGGUACCAGUAGAGACGCCCCUUGACGUUGUGGCCGACUCAGCCGACAAAAUAUACUCCCAGGCUCACCAAAACGUUCACCAGGUUGAAAGCCACGGAAACCACACACAACACCUCGAAGAGGAGAUGACCCAGCUACGCGCAGAGUUGAGAGACCUGAAACUUUCCCUAUGCCGGAGGCAGCGAAGCCCAGCAACACGAAAUCGAAGCCGUACCCGCAGCUCAAGUCCAGGACGAAGAAAUAGCGCAGACGAAUGUUGGUACCACCAAACCUUCGUUGACACUGGCGCAGCCAUCAGCGUGAUACCACCCACCAACAGAUCCACCUUGAAACCCACCCCAUUCCAACUUCGAGCGGCAAACGGCUCCACCAUAGAAACCUAUGGGAACAAGGAACUUACCUUGAAUAUCAACCUCAGGCGCGACUUCAAGUGGUCAUUCACCGUAGCUGACGUCAGUAUACCCUUGCUCGGUGCCGACUUCUUGGCACAUUACAACCUGGCUGUCCAUAUGAAGACGAGGACCCUGUCCGACAACACAACAUCCAUCAAGAUCACAGGGAUCCCUUCGAGUUUCAACACAACUAGGAUCAGCGUGGCAACACAGCACGACCCACGCUACAUAGAAAUCCUGCGCCGGUACAAGCACCUCACGCAACCCAUCAAACCAACUGAUGCAGGCGACCAUCAGACCCAACACCAUAUAAAGACCACCGGACAACCAGCAUAUUCACGGCCACGACGACUCCCUCCACACAAACUAGCAUAUGCCAAGAAAGCGUUUGAGGAGUUGCUGGCCGACAAUAUCAUCCGACCCUCAGACAGCCCAUAUGCUUCACCACUGCAUCUGGUACCCAAAUCCGACGGGGAUUUCAGGAUCUGCGUGGAUUACCGGAAACUCAAUGCAUCCACAGUACCUGACCGGUAUCCUGUUCCGCACAUCCACGACUUUGCCUCAGGUCUACAGGGGGCCCGCAUUUUCUCAAAAAUCGACCUACUACCAAGUUCCAGUUGCUCCGGAGGACAUCCCAAAGACAGCAGUCACAACCCCUUUUGGACUGUUUGA